AUGCACUGGUUCGACGUUUCUGGUAAUCAAUUAGAAGGGCCGGUGUCAUUUUCCAUAUUUGCCAAUGCUUCAAGUCUCGUUUUCCUCGAUCUUUCAAGCAAUUAUGAGUUGGAAGUUGACACUGAGUCUCCCUCGUGGAUCCUGACCUUUCAGCUUGCUGUACUGAAGUUGGCGAGCUGCAACCUCAACAAGAAGAAUGGUCAUGUUGUCCCGAGCUUCAUCUCCACCCAAAUUAACUUGUGGUUCUUGGACUUAUCGAACAACUCCUUAGAAGGAGGCAUACCUUGUCAAUUGUUCCUCAACAACAGCAUCACACAGUUAUACUUGAGAAGCAACAAAAUUGAAGGUUCUUUUCUUGAUUGCUUCAUUAAUGGAACUUCAAACCUCGAUAUGUUUGACAUAUCUGAUAAUCGCGUUAAAGGUCCCAUUCCUGAAAAUUUUAUAAGUAUUUUUUCAACCUCAUAUGAUGUUGCCAUGUCCUCAAAUGAACUAGAAGGCAAAAUUCCUUCAUCCUUUGGUAGUAUCUUUUUCAGCAUAUUAGACCUUUCUAACAACAAGCUCUCGGGAACAAUACCACGAAGUUUGACUGGAAAUGACACCACAGAGUCCACACUGAUAUAUUUAAAUCUGUCAAACAACACGUUGCAAGGAGAAAUGCUCCCACGGGAGUCCAACCUGACACGGCUUCAGUACUUAAAUCUUGGCAGCAAUCACUUUGAAGGAAUAAUCUCGCCUGCGAUAUCGAACAGUCCCUUGGGAAUCCUAGAUGUUCGUGACAAUUACUUGUCUGGUAACAUUCCAAAGUGGUUGUAUGAUCAUCCUCACUUGGUAUCCAUUCUUUUAAGUGGAAAUCACCUUGAAGGUCACCUAACACAAAGAUUGUGUCGAAUGCAAAGACUGCAAGUUUUUGAUGUCUCUCGUAAUCGUCUUUCAGGAGGCAUUCCCUCAUGCCUUGAUAACGUUACAUUCUGGAAGAAGAGUUCUCCAAGCGCUACUAACUCCAACUAUUUCACGCAAUUUGGUGAAUUGUAUUACCUAUUAACAAGUGACAAUUGGCUUUUUUUCCAUGGGUUGGACUUUGAAUCAGUGUUUCGAAUAAAAGGUAAGGUAUAUACUUUCAAAGGUGUCCCCCUCUUGUUGAUGACUGUAAUUGACUUGUCAUCAAACCAAUUGACAGGUGGCAUUCCCAUUGAAAUGGGAGAAUUAUCACAGCUUUGGUCCUUAAAUCUGUCGCAUAACUCUCUAACAGGUUCCAUUCCAAUAUCUUUCCAAAACUUGAAGAGUGUGGAGAAUUUGGAUCUUUCUUACAACAAGUUGAGAGGUAAAAUUCCUUCUGAAUUGGUUGGUCUCACUUCUCUAUCUGCAUUCAGCGUUGCCUACAACAAUCUUUCAGGACAAAUCCCAUUUGAGCGGCAAUUUUCAACUUUCGAAAUGCAAUGCUACGACAAUAAUCCAGAACUCUGUGGAGGCCCCUUGCCAACAAAAUGCUCAAGCACAAACCAAUUGAAAGAAGAAAAAGAUGAAAAAGAAAGGAACAGAAUAAUUGAUCACCCUUUAUUCUUCUACGGAUUUGUAGCAGUAUCCUAUGCAUUCGGGUUCUGGGCUUGCUUUGGGAUCCUUAUCAUUAAAAAGAACUGGAGGGAGAAAUAUUUUAGAGUUGUGGAUAGAUAUAUUGAGUCGCUUUUGGAAUUUCUUUCCAAGUAUCGAUGA